AUCACCGAUACAACUAAUAGCAAUCAAAAAAUGCUUAAAAUUAAAUUUUUUGGCGGAAAUAAAGAUAAAGAUAAAGGAUAUGCAUCAUCAUCAUUGGGAACGAUUGGAACAAAAGGAAUGACAGCAAAUACAUAUCGUGGAACGAUGAAUGAAAUGAAAAAUUCAAAAUUAGCUAUCAAUCAAAAUAAUGAUGAAACGAGAAAAAUUUCCGGAUUAGUAAAACCAAAAAAUGGUAUGACGAAAUCCCGAAAAAUUCCACCUACAACAUCGAUAUCAUCAGGUGUUGGACGUGAUACGAUGAAGGUAUUCAAAAAUUGA